AUGGUUUUGUUCGAUAGUUUAAAUGCAACUAUAAGUGUUCCUCCAUGUCUAUCGUAUUUUUGCAUUUAUAAUCCUACUCUCGGACCAACGGAAGAAACUCAAAAAGAUCAAAUUCUUUAUUAUACCUCAAGAAAACAGGUGCCAUUGGAUACAACAAUACGUCAAAUUGGUUUGGCUCAAGGAAUAGUAAACUUUACAAAAAUAUUUUCCCCUACUAAACCAUGUGAAAAUGUUCAUACGCAAAAAAAUCGAUUAGCAUUUUAUGAAGCUGAACCAAAUUAUUGGAUACAUUUGAUUGAACUAGGAUAUGUCAGGAGAACAACUAAAGAUAAAGAUGGAAAACCAAAGAUUAUAACUGAAUAUCUAGAUGUAAAUUUACACGAUUCUGAAAUUGGAAAAAUGUUAGAAAUUGGAUAUGAAAUGUACAGGGCAAGUAUUCUUUAUCUUCCACUUUCUAGGCCAGCAUAUUUGGAAAUAACAUCAUUAAUCGAACAAAUUCACUCGGAAUAUGAAAUAAUAGAAGACGCUGUAGUGUUAUGGAAAAACAAAUUGAUAUACAAUGGAAGCAUUCCUGAAAAUCAACUAAAAGGAAUUUGGAAACAUUUGGAUACUUUGAUUUCUGAAAGAAAUUUGUUCGAAAGAGAACUUGAAAGAAAAAAGAAUACCAAAGACAGUGAUAAACAAGAUUUUCUUACGUUUGCAUUCUUAAUACCGGCCAAAUCGGUGGAAGGAAUUACAAAAGUAUACGAUAUGAAAUUUUAUAUAUCUCUAGAUGAAUGUUUAUCUAUUAGAUCUGAAUCAAUAAUUAAUGCAGUAAAUGAGGAUUAUGAAAAAUCAAGAAAAUUUGGAGGAUUAACUAUUACAAACGAGAUGGCUCAUGCAUUAUGUGAUAUACAUGAAGAUCUUGAAAAACAUCAACAAUUGACAGAAGUCUAUACAAGAUCUACAACAAAUUUUUGGGUAGUUGGGAGAAGGUCUGAUAAACGUAUACUCUAUAUUGUUGUACCUAAAAAAGAUACAUCACUUAUAGAAGUUGAAGAUGAGAUAAGAAAACUUACAAGUUUAUAUUUUUCUGCAAAUAAUAACUGA